CUCCUUGACCGAAGUGAGAUGUUCCUCUUGGCUUUCCCAACAAAAGCUCAAUGCAGUGUACUUGGACUGCAUGUGUGGGCUGAGGUCGGUCAGUUGUAUAGUCGAUACAUUGGCAUCUAUCGUCAGAGUAUAGCUGGGCCACUUGUCAUUCACGCCCGACUUAAUUUCCAUCUGAUAAAUAUUACAAGCCGAGUGCCCACGUAUGCAUCAAUUGAGAUUGUAACCAAUAAAUUUAAGCGUAUGCGCUUCAGAUGCAAUUAUCGGCAACUCAAGAAUCAAGGACGAAUCUGAAAGCUUGAAGUCCCUCUUUUGGAAAUUCUUUUUUUGCAACUUUGGUAAGUGGGAGCUUGACCCUAUCGUGAACCUCUCCUUGUUGAAUCGGACAUUCAAUGGCUGCAGGUCUUUUUUGGUCUACUUGUCCCCAUAAAGUAGUCGCCACAAGAAGGCUGAUGCAUACCCAGCAGCCCUGCUGAGUACCCUCUUCAAUUCGACUAAUGUGCUUGGAGACCUGUCUACUCCUAUG